AUGUUGGAUCCCCAGCUCGAGGAGUUCCUCACAAAGGCUUUUCAGAAGCACUUCCUCUUGAAGUCGGUGCCAGAAGUGGAGUGCAAGGCACUAAGUCUCUCCAUGAAGGUCAAGCAUGCUGUCCCUCAGGAGGUCAUCGUGGGACAGGGUGAAACCGUGGAGUCUGUGUACUUCAUCAGGCAAGCCGACUUCUGUCCAGGAUCACGUAGCCUCAAAGCUUCUACAAUCGCUUUACCUACAGAUGCGGGCGCAGUUCUUCAGACUAGGGACUGUGACCAGGUAUGGGAGUUUCCAGAUGGUGCAGGACAACGUCUGUCUGAGCAAUGUUCUUGGGCAGGGAUCUUGGGUGUGCCAACUCUGGGAAUCAAUGGAGGGCAGACUAUAACUACGCCGCGGCUCAGGCCCGGCGAUUCCUUCGGGGAGCUUGCCUUGCUGUACAGUAUCCCUUCAUCUGCCCAGCGCCAAGUGCGGGAGCUGUCCAGCUUCACCGGAUUCUGUGCAGUGUCGCUUUCGAUUGCAGUCUUCAAGUCUUCAAUAUCUUUUUCUGGAAUCACUUGUGCCAAGACCACGAUUGUCGCCACAGAGAAUGGCGAACUCUGGAAGAUGGACUUCUGCUUGGAUGAUGUUUUCCUAAUUUUCCCUACAUGUUCCUACUUUCUACAUUUGGGAGUGGCUUUCUUCGGGCGAAAGAAUGAAGGCAGGAAAGAGGCCCCUACAGAGAAAGACACAAAGAAAGAUCACGUGCAUGGAAUAAGAACAAAGAAAAUGUACUCGAGGUGGGACUCGAACCCGCAAUGGCGCCUUAUCCAUUAG